UGAUCAGCUGUGUCCAAUCACAGCUGAUCGCAUGUAAAUAGGGAAAUGCCGGUUAUCUGCAUUUCUCUCCUCACGAGCUAGUGGACAUGUGCACUGAUCAUCAGGGCACUGAUGAUCAGUGUAGCCCCAGCAGUGCCACCUGUCAGUGUCCAUCAGUGCCAGCUGUCAGUGCUCAUCAGUGUCACCUGCCAGUGCCCAUCAAUGCCACAUAUCAGUGCCCAUCUGAGCUGCCUUUCAGUGUCACCCAUCAGUGCCACCUAUCAUUGCCAGUCAGUGCCGCCUAUCUGUGCCAGUCAGUGCUGCCUAUCAGUGCCCGUCAGUGCUGCCUAACAGUGCCAGUCAGUGCCACCUAACAGUGUCUAUCAGUGCUGCCUAUCACUGCCCAUCAGUGAUACCUGUCAAUGCCCAUCAGUGCC